AUGAACCUCUCGUCUUGGGUGAGGUCGGGGUUUAUAAAAAUGCCUUCUUCUAUAGAACAAAUCAAUAGAAACCGUACUUUAUUUCGGAACUUGGGAUACGGCAACAGAGCUAUUGGGUUACCUGGAGUUGACGGUGCUAUCGACUGUACUCAUGUUCGCUUAACUCAUUGUAGGUUAACAAAUAUUGAAGAAGUAUACAGGAAUCGCAAAGGGUAUUUUUCUCUCAAUGUACAAGCUAUCGUUGGACUACAAAUGGAAUUCCUUGAUAUUGUACCAGAAUGGCCAGGAAGUCAACACGAUAGUCGUAUCUUUCAGAAUUCUAGAAUUUAUAUGCGAUAUAUAAGACGUGAAUUAACUGGCAUAUUAGUUGGUGAUAGUGACUAUUCUUGUCUGCCAUUUCUUUUGACUCCUGUUCAAAAUCCAAUAACAGAUGAACAAUUAGCAUAUAAUAAUAUCCAUGUAAGAACUAGACAAAUCGUGAAAAGAACAUUUGGAAUGUGGAAACGGCGAUUUCCUUGUUUAGCACGAGGGCUUACAACAAAAUUGAUAUGCUGUACAACAAUUAUUGUAGCAGUUUUGCAUAAUCUUUCUCUUACCUACGAUUAUAUACUACCGGAAGAUGAUGAAGACGAUAAUAUUUUUUCUGAUAAUGAUAAUGAUAAUGAAGAGAAUCAUGCUAAUUAUCCAGAAUGGCAACCGGCAGAUGGAUUUGUCAUGAGAGAUACUCUUAUAGAGCGUUUAUUUAAUUAA